CGCCCCUCCCUAGCUACUAUAUAUACGUGUGUGUUCCGGCAAUUGCACUCCACAGCCACCUCGAAUUUGGUCCUCGUUGUCCUCAGCAAUGGCGUUGACGACAGCAGCGAAGACGCACAUGAUCAAGGCGGAUCGCCACCUCUUCUCCUCUUCGGACGAUAGCGUGGUGAUGAAGCAGAUCCUCGCCACCCACUCCCCCGACGGCCGGGACAUCAAUACGCGCCCUCUCUUGCGAAUCGUGGAGGACGUGCUGCAGAGGGCUACGCCUACCGUCAUCGUGACGCCACAAGCGCAGCUGGAACCGGUGGACGACAAGGCGCACCAUGUUGAGGUCGGCGGCAUGCUCGAAGCGCUUGCGUACACCAUUCACAGGAUUUCAUGCGAGAUUACCUGCAAGUGCUCCGGCGGCGGCGAUGCGCACGGGACGACGCUGGUUCUGCUCAACUCGCUGGCGAACUACACUUGGGAUGCGAAGGUUGUGAUAGCCCUCGCAGCGUUUGCCGUGAGCUAUGGAGAGUUUUGGCUCACCGCCCAGCUGCACACCAUCAAUCCUCUGGCCAAGUCCGUCGCCCUCCUCAAGCAGCUGCCUGACAUCCUGGAGCACACCGACGCCCUCAAGCCCCGCUUCGACACCAUCAACAACCUCAUCAAGGCAAUGCUGGAUGUCACCAAGUGCAUCAUCCAGUUCAAGGAGCUUCCGUCCGAGUACAUUUCGCCUGACACCCCUGCCAUGGCCAUGGCCCUAGCGCACGUCCCCACCGCUGUCUACUGGACCAUCAGAAGCGUCGUUGCUUGCGCUUCUCAAAUCGUUUCCCUCAUUGGCCUCGGUCACGAGUACAUCAGCUCCACCAGUGAAGUAUGGGAGCUCUCGAGCUUGGCCCACAAAGUUGGCAGCAUUCAUGGGCACCUCACCAAGCAACUUGAUCUGUGCAAUCGACACAUCGGUGAGAAGAAACACAUCGAAGCUUACCAGACCCUGGUGCGGCUCUUUGAGACUGUACACAUCGAUAACUUGAAGAUCCUCCGGGUGCUGAUCUCUUCCAAGGAUGAUCUGCCCCUCAUCGACGGCUCCACGAAGAGAAGAGUCAGCGUCGACGUGCUGAGGCGGAAGAUCGUGAUGUUGUUUAUCUCCGACCUCGACAUCAUCCACGAGGAGCUCUUCGUUCUCAUACAGAUCUACAACGAGGCGCAUCAUGGGAAGCUCGACCGCAGCUACGAGGUCGUCUGGCUGCCGGUGACCGAUCGCCACGUCCCGUGGACUGCUGCCAAAGAGGAGACCUUCAACCGCCUGGCAUCCAACAUGCCGUGGUACUCGCUGCACCACCCCUCGCUACUAGAUCCGGCGGUCAUCAAGUACAUACGGGACUUGUGGCACUUCGACAAGAAGCCAUUGCUGGUGGUGCUGGACCCCCAGGGGAAGGUCGUCUGCCCUAAUGCCCUCCACAUGGUGUGGAUCUGGGGAAGCCAGGCGUUCCCCUUCACCAGCAACAGAGAAGAAGCUCUAUGGAAGGAAGAAUUAUGGCGACUCGAGUUCUUGGUCGACGAAAUCGAUCCUAUCAUGCUUGGAUGGGUAAAAGAAGGGCGCCAUGUUUGCCUGUACGGAGGAGAGAAGAUCGAGUGGAUAAGGGAGUUCACGAAUGUGAUGAAGCGGGUGUCGCAGGAAGCCAAUAUCCCCAUCGAGAUGGUGUACGUGGGAAAGAGCAACCCCAAGGAGCGCGUGAAGAAGGCCAUCAACGUGAUCGCCAACGAGAAGCUGAGCGGGUACUGGCAGGACCCGGUGAUGGUGUGGUUCUUUUGGGUGCGGCUGGAGAGCAUGUGGCACUCCAAGAUGCAGAGCGGGCGGACCAUCGACAACGACCCCAUCAUGCGGGAGGUGAUGACGAUGUUGAGCUUCGACGGUAGCGACGACGGGUGGGCCAUCAUCAGCCAUGGCUCGAUGGACAUGGUGAAGUCCCACGGUAGGAAGAUCAUCGACUGCCUCCUGCAGUUCGACUCCUGGAAGGGGAGUGUGCAGGAGCAGGGCUUCGUCCCCGCGCUCACCGGCGCGCUGGAGCCCUACCACACCCAUGAGCACUGCACCCGCCUCAUCCUCCCGGGCGACACCGGCAGGAUCACGGAACAGGUGGUCUGCGCCGAGUGCAACCGCCCCAUGGAGAAGUUCGUGCUCUACCGCUGUUGCAACGACUGAGUACGCCGCCUGCCGAACCCUGGUUUCCUGCCAUGGCAGAUCAUCAGAAGCUCGGUCGAGUAGGAAGGAUCCAAAUAAAAGUGUGUGAGAGAGAGCGCUUGCUGCUUCUUCAUCGUUCUGCAAGUGCAGUAUCGUACGUCCAUUUGAGUUGCUUAUGAUUGUGCUGUUCCUUUCUUGGUUGUCAACCUUUCCUUUAUCUUAAAUUAAAAGAACUACUUAUCAUUGUUCAUCU